GUUGACGGGUUAAGUUGUUGAAACAUCGCACUUUUAUUUAUACGCGCAACUUUUCUAUUAAGUUAAAAGUGGAGUAAUCAAAUUAUUAUUAUUUUUUGCAAGGUGAAAUAUGAUAUUUUAUUAUUUAACGGGAAGUCUCUUGUUCCUGUGGCUCUACAUUCUUUGGAGCCGAAGGGAAUUUUACAAGUUAAUAUUUAAAUUGCCGGGCCCUCUUGGCUAUCCAAUUGUGGGCAUGGGUCAUCGUCUAUUGAAUAGGGAAGAAAUUUUACAAGUAUUUGAAACGGAAGAACAAAAGUUCGGACGAACGUUUUUUUCUUGGCUUGGUCCCUUUCCCUUUUUAGUAGUUGGGGAUCCUCAGAUAGCCCAAGACAUCUUAACCUCUCCUCAUUGUGUUAAUAAGAGUAUUAUAUAUAAAGCAUUGGAUGAUGGCACCGGCAAAGGACUUUUUAGCUUGGCGAAUCCAAAAUGGAACAGUCACAGACGUCUACUAAACCCUGCUUUUGGACAUAAAGUUCUUUUGAAUUUCAUACCUGUUUUUAACCAGGAGGUGAAUAAACUUCUGCAAAACCUGGAUAUGUUUUUAACGGAGGAAAUCGAUUUGACGAAAAUAUUUCCAGAUUUUACACUAAAGAUUGCAGCACUGACGACAAUGGGUGACACGUUGCCUUCCGACGGUUCAAACCACUUUAAUGAGGGACUAUUAAGUUGUUACAAAUGUGUUCAAGAAUCAAUGGCAGAGAUGUGUUUUUCACCUUGGUUGAACUUCAGAGCGUUUAACUGGCUGUGGAAGAAUAAUUCCUCAUAUACGGAGGCCAAAUCCGAAAUUCGAAAUUACAUACGCAAGUUAAUUAUUGGAAAAACAAAGGAUGAAUUAGAGAACUCGGAAAACAGGUCCACACUUGACCCAAAUAUUUUUAUAAAUCGUGCAAUUGAUUUAACACGAAAGGGACAUUUCGAUUGGCAGAACGUUGAAGACGAAUGCAAUGUUAUUGUGUUUGGGGCUUUCGAGACAACUUCAAAUACUGUCGUUUAUAUUCUCACGAUGCUGGCAAUGUUCCCACAAUAUCAGCAGAAGGUUUAUGAGGAAGUCAUGUCCAUAUUUUCAAGUAAAGAUGAUGAUGAAGUAUCUUACGAUGAGAUACAACAGAUGGUGUACUUGGAUAUGGUUAUCAACGAAACGAUGCGUGUGAUGGCUCCAGUGCCAUUGGUCGCCAGGCAAACGGAACAUGAAGUUCGCCUAAGUAAUGGUGUUGUAAUUCCAAAAGGGUUACAGGUUGCUAUUGACAUUUUUAAUAUGCAUCGACGAACGGAUAUUUGGGGUCCCGAAGCACACAUCUUCAAUCCGGAAAAUUUUUUGCCCUCAAAUUUGAAUGACAAACAUCCAUAUGCAUUCAUACCAUUUACGAAGGGAAUUCGGAACUGCAUUGGUUGGAAAUAUGCAUUGCUAUCAAUGAAAGUAACCAUCGCCAAGCUAAUAUGGAAAUUUAGAUUUACUACCUCAUUUGAAUACCAACGUCUACAUUUUGUGGAAGACAUUACAAUUAAGUUGAAGGAAAUUCCCCUUUUUCGAAUAUAUGAAAGAAAUAAAUGUGAUAAUUAAAAGAAAGGGAUAUCUUUUCAUAAACCAAAAGUAUAUUUUCUUAAUAUUAAGGACCGAAAAUUCUUU